GGCGAGCAUGGCGGAAGCGGCGGAGGCCGGCGAUGCCGACGGCCGCUGCGUGCGGCUGAGCGCCGAGCGGGCCCGGGCGCUGCUGGCCGACGUGGACACGCUGCUGUUCGACUGCGACGGCGUCCUGUGGCGCGGCGAGACGGCCGUGCCCGGCGCGCCCGAGGCCCUGCAGGCGCUGCGGGCCCAGGGCAAGCGCCUGGGCUUCAUCACCAACAACAGCAGCAAGACCCGCCAGGCCUACGCCGAGAAGCUGCGGCGCCUGGGCUUCGGCGGCCCCGCGGAGCCCGACGCCGGCCCCGAGGUCUUCGGCACGGCCUACUGCACCGCGCUCUACCUGCGCCAGCGCCUGGCGGGCACGCCGGCCCCGAAAGCCUACGUGCUGGGCAGCCCGGCCCUGGCCGCCGAGCUCGAGGCCGUGGGCGUCGCCAGCGUGGGCGUGGGGCCCGAGCCGCUGCGGGGAGACGGCCCCGGCGACUGGCUGUCGGCGCCGCUGGAGCCCGGCGUGGGCGCCGUGGUGGUGGGCUUCGACCCGCACUUCAGCUACAUGAAGCUCACCACCGCCCUGCGCUACCUGCAGCAGCCCGGCUGCCUGCUCGUGGGCACCAACAUGGACAACCGGCUGCCCCUGGAGAACGGCCUCUUCAUCGCCGGUACCGGCUGCCUCGUCCAAGCCGUGGAGAUGGCGGCCCAGCGCCAGGCUGACAUCAUAGGCAAGCCCAGCCGCUUCAUCUUCGACUGCGUGUCCCAGGAGUACGGCAUCGACCCCGCGCGCACCGUCAUGGUGGGUGACCGCCUGGACACCGACAUCCUGCUGGGCGCCACCUGCGGCCUCAAGACCAUCCUCACCCUCACGGGCGUGUCCACACUCGGGGACGUGCGGCGCAAUCGGGAAAGUGACUGCGUGUCCAAGAAGAAGAUGGUCCCGGACUUCUACGUGGACAGCAUCGCCGACCUCCUGCCCGCCCUCCGGGGUUAAAGGUCGGGGCUUUUUCACUCACAGAAUAAAAGAGUUGAAAACCA